AUGAAGACAAUUGCAUUCCUAUUAUUCUCCGUUCUGCUGGGCGUCUGCUUUGCAGAAGAUUGUCCUUGCACCUUAGAGAACAGACCGCUGUGCGCUUCCAACGGCGUCACCUAUGGCAACUGGUGUUUCUUCGAAUGCGCCCAACGUUCCGACGCUGAUCUAAGGAUCGUUUACGAAGGUGUUUGCAAAGUGGGAAGGAUUGAAAGACCUCGUGAAUGCAUCUGUCCAGAUGUCUACAGUCCGAUCUGCACGAACUUCGGCACAUUCGGAAACAGCUGCCAACUUGCCUGUUUCCAGAUGGCCAAUCCCGAUAAAGCGGCCGUAAUUGAAUGCAAAGGCGAGUGUCCUUGCAUACUGAGUUAA